UGGGGGAUGGGAGGGAAGAGGCAUGGGCAGGAGGUAUGCGAGGAGCAGAAACAGCAGCAGCAGCAGCAGCAGCAGCACCACCACCACCACCACCACCUCCACCAUCACCACCACCAGCAGUCUGAGACUGGUCUUCAGCAGCAGCAGAUCACCCCCACCAUCCCCAGCACCAGCUGUUCCACCCCACGGCCCGCCGCCACCCCCUAACAGCAUCCUCCCUCGCAGCGGCACGCGCCUCCAACCCGCUCUUCCGCGCCGUCUCUUCCUUCCUCUUCGGCCCGCGGCGCGCCGCGUCGCUCCUGCUGCCGCCCCCGCUGCCGCUUCGGAAGCAUGGUCGCUGUUCCAGAUGGUGCAGGACGAGUGGGUGCGGAGGGGGGCGCUGGACGGCACAGCUGGGGGAUUUGAUUUCGCCUCUGUUGGUGCUGCUGCUGUUGCCGCGGCGGGUAGAGUGAGUUUGGAAACAGAUGCGAGGGUGGCUUUAAUGGAUGACAGCCAUCUCACCACGCCCCUGCUCUCCCGAUACCUCCACCACGUGUCAGCGUCAGCAUCCUCGCCAACAGCAGCAGCAGGAGCAUCCGCACCUGCAGCAGCAUCAGCAGCAGCAGCACUAAGAGGGCAGCAAGGCAUGCCGCCUCAAACGACUCCUCCUUUAACGAAGACAAGAGAUCCUGGCGGCACCAGCAGCAGCAGCCGCAAGAAGAAGGUAGUGCGGUUUAAGGGGCUCGAGAAGGAAGAGGGGGGUGGCAUGGAGGAGGGGGAGGGCGUGGUCUUGGAAAGUCAGGGAUUGCUGGAGAAGGGGGGCGAGAGAGACAAGAGAGACAGGAGAGGGAUGGGGUUGGAAGAAGAGGAAAUAGUGGAGGAGGGAAGCGAGGCAAGAAGGGGAGUGGCAGGGGCUGAACCCGCCCUCAACCUGCUUCUCCUCUGCGCGGUUCUGUCCUGAAAGGGGUUGAUGGCGCCAUACCAAAGGCUGAGGGAGCCGCACAGUCGGCUGGUAGCACCAUGGAAGGCGGUGUGUUCUCCCAAGACAAGCCUUUUCUGCAGCUGCUUGCCAAGGCUGGCGCACCGGUGAAGCAGGGCAGGAAACGGAAAGAAGUGGAAGAGGGGGUCAGGGAUGGCGCAGAGCGAAGGGAAACAGAGGAGGAGGAGCAGGAGAAAGUGGGGGAGGGUGAGGCGGAGGAGGAGAGGGAAGAGGAGGAAGAAGAGGAGAUUGAGAGGCCGC